GUGCUAUUCCAAUUUCUUUUUUCCUUUCUGGUUUGUGACUUUGUGGUUAAUAAGACUGAUGGAAAGAGACCUAUGGAAUAAGAACAAUACCCUGAAUAUGGAAAUUAAUGUUGGGGUUCUGUGGUCCGCAAAUGAAGGAUAUUUAUCAUCAUAAUACAUCAAUCCCAUAAAUGAACAUCCUUCACAUCUUGCUUCUUCUUCUGUUUAUAUAUUUUUGGGUAUCCAAUUGCUUAAUAUUUUCUUCUCCAUCCUCUUUCCUUUUUUCUGACGAAAAUCGGUUGGCAAAUUCUCAAUGCCUUCAUUCUCUUCUAGCUGAAUGUUUUUUUUUUUCCUAGGAUUUUAAAGCCAUCACUUCUUUUUUUCUGCUAAUUAUUGUCACAGCUAGGGUUUUCCAGUCAUUUUUUUACCACUUUUUUGCUGAAAUUCAGCUGAAAGCUUAUGUUUCUGAAAUAGAAAUCUGAUAGGGUUUUGAAGUUGUUAAGUAUCUUUUUAGGUUCUUAUCAUAUUUAUCUGAUUUCUUCUUCCAACAAUCUUUUGCAAAAAAGUUUGAAAACUUCUGGAUAUAUCAACUUCUUCUGGCACGGUUCUUGAGCUUAAUUAGUAGCCAGCUGCCUUAAUUUAUUGGAAAUAAAAAUGGUGAGAGGAAAGGUGGAAAUGAAAAGAAUAGAGAAUUCAACAAGCAGGCAAGUGACCUUCUCAAAGAGGAGAAAUGGGCUUAUGAAGAAAGCAUAUGAGCUAUCAGUUCUUUGUGAUGCUGAAGUUGCUUUGAUUAUUUUCUCACCGAAAGGAAGACUCUACGAAUUCUCCAGCUCCAACAUGCAGAAGACAAUUGAGAGAUAUCGUGAACGUGCAAAAGAAACAGCGACGGUGGACAACAACAUUGAACUCGAGCACCACAUAGAGGUGGAUCUCAGGGCUGGUUAUCAUCAAGUGAGGAUGAAGGAUGGUGACGAACAUAAAACAACAUUCACUAUGGCUUAUGAGAGUUCAGGGUGAUGCCAUUUGGAUUAACAAAUGCACCAGCAACAUUUCAGUCAUUAAUGAAUUUUGUAUUCAAAGAACAGCUCAGAAAGUUUAUACUGGUAUUUUUUAUGACAUCUUAAUAUACAGCAAGACCAUGGAGG